CACAAACAGGAAGUACCGGACUGUAAGCAGCUGGUGUGUUUUGAAUGCUCCUGAUGGCCGGAUCACGGAUUUGUGACGUGCCACGUGUUCCGGUGGCGUUUGGAAAGCGCGCGGUCCCGAAGCUGAUCACACAGCUGCAUGAUGAGGAACUGAAAAUCCGCCAGGGGGCGCUGUGUUCGCUCUGUGACCUGCUGCACGACCCGGAGAGGGUUUACGAGGCCCUGCAUCACGGUUGUUUAGAGAGACUGAAGGUGUUGCUGAAGGAUGAUGACGUCUUGGUGAGGACAAAAACCACAGAGGUGCUUUAUCAACUGGUCACGCGUAGCUUGGGGAGAGAAGCCGUUCUGCAGAAUGAUGUGCUCAGGCCUCUGUCAGAGCUUUUAGACGAGCCGGAUGACGUCUGCCGUAAGAAUGUGCACCGUGUGUUAAAGAUGAUGUCUGAGUUUCCUGCAGCUGUGGUGUGUAUGCUGUCUCUGGGUCUGAUGCCGAGGCUGGUGAUGAAGGUCCCGGUGGAGCGUGAGGACAUCAGAGAGCUUGUCUUGUCCACGCUGAGCUUCUGUGUGAGACUGGAUUCUCUUCCCGCUCUGGCCAGUGACGUCGUGAUCAUCCUGAAGGAGCAGCUGCAUCAAACGUCUACACACAUCCGCCGUGCCGCCUCCUCCACCAUGAUGGCCAUCAGUGUCCCUGCGGAGGGGAAGGUGAGGAUGUGUGAAGAGCAAGUUGUUCCCAUGUUGGUGAAGCUCCUCUCUGAUGAUGACUUGGAGGUUCGGGCCAAUGCUGCUGGAGCCCUAAUGUACACCACUGUCAUCACCCAAGGUAAAUAUCAGGCUCUGGAGGCUGGUGCUCUUCCUCCUCUGCUGUGUUUGGUAAACAGCGAGGACGUGGCAGCGUGUGCUUAUGCCCUCCGUGCGCUCACCUGUCUGGCACAGGCCCCGACUGGCCGAGCACAACUGAUCCACCACCUGCCCCAGCUGGAGGCACGACUCUGCCACCCUGCCUCCAUCAUCCAGAGCGCUGCAGCCACUGCCAUGCAGGUCAUCUCCUGGACCCCGUAAGACUGAGACGAAGAGAGAAUCUGAUGACAGAGAUGAAAAAUUGUUCAGUUAAUGAAGCUAUUUGACAUAAUAGAUUAAAAUCAGGAAUUUGUGCUCU